AUGCUUCCCGGCACUACGAAGGAGCAGAUGAAGGACCUCUAUCGUCCGCAGGGAUGGUUGACGGCUUCCCUCUGCGCUGUUCCACUUUCAAUCAAUCUCUUGGUAUGUGGUUUCUCCGAAACAACCUACAAAUGUGUAUGCGCAGCGGGGUUCUACAUUGUUCGAAUCAACAUUCCACUGUCAAAGACAAUGCAAUUUCUGUGUGACAUUCAUGUGUUCGUUUUGCCAAUCAUAAUCAUCCUCUACAUUCCGGCAUUGCGCGCAUUGUCAGUUGGUGUCUGCCGAAAACUAGGCCAGAGCCUUUGCAGGAGGCGACACAAUGUGGACGAGCUCGGCCCAUAG